GGUCGCAGGGAGCAAAGACGACAAGAAGGGGUGGCUGGGGGAGGAGUAGGAGGCGGCUCAGGAAGGCCGCCGAGCCUCCGCUUCUCAGUGCAGAGCCUGUUACUUUUAUGACCCCCCCCCCAAUCCUUACUCCCCAGCUGGUCCUCAGUCUCCCCUUUCCUUUGUCCCUGUGUUCCCACCGGCCCGGAUGUUCUUUCCUCCCCCGCUCCCGGUCUCCGUCCCGCCUCCCAGGCUCCCCACCCCACCCCCGCCGCCUACUCCCUGUAGCUCAGGCUUCACCGCUCUCAGCUUUGCUGCCCCUCCCCUCCCUCGGCCUCAAAACCCCGCCUGCGUCUGGGAGCCGGCCCGAGUCCCCAGGUGACACCCACAGCAGGUGUGCUGCUCGGCGUGAACCUGUGCCUGCCAGAGGGACAAGGCUCUCUUCAGCCCGAAGGUGGGUCGGGAGGGUCUGUGCAAGCCGGGUCAGACGGGCGGCAGCUGGGACGCCGGGACGUGAGUGCCUGCAGGGUGGCAGGAGCAGCGUCCGCCGGGCAUCUGAUGGGCAACGGGCCCCUCGAAGGGACACCGCUACUCCGCUGAGCGGGACUGAGACUGUGAGAUUGACUUGUGCGUGUGAGGGUCAGAGAGGUGCUUUGCAAGAGGCCCACAGAUGUGAGGACGGUCCUGGCCGAGGACACAGACUUCCCCACGUUCUGGGCACCGAGACCCCCACCCGGCAGCACCUGACGUACCCCAGUGAGUCAAGCGGGCCGUCUAGGGUUAAGAAGACCUGAGGGGACAGAUGGCGUCAGCCGGCCUGGAACUCCUGGGCAUGACCCUGGCCGUGCUGGGCUGGCUGGGCACCCUGGUGUCCUGUGCCCUGCCCCUGUGGAAGGUGACCGCCUUCAUCGGCAACAGCAUCGUGGUGGCCCAGGUGGUGUGGGAGGGGCUGUGGAUGUCCUGCGUGGUGCAGAGCACCGGCCAGAUGCAGUGCAAGGUGUAUGACUCCCUGCUGGCGCUGCCCCAGGACCUGCAGGCCGCCCGCGCCCUCUGCGUCAUCGCCCUCCUGUUGGCUCUGCUCGGGCUGCUGGUGGCCAUCACGGGGGCCCAGUGCACCACCUGCGUGGAGGACGAAGGUGCCAAGGCCCGCAUCGUGCUCACCGCAGGGGUCCUCCUCCUCCUCUCGGGCAUCCUGGUGCUCAUCCCGGUCUGCUGGACCGCGCACGCCAUCAUCCAGGACUUCUACAACCCCCUGGUGGCCGAGGCCCUCAAGCGGGAGCUGGGGGCCUCCCUCUACGUGGGCUGGGCCGCCGCCGCUCUGCUCAUGCUGGGCGGGGGGCUCCUCUGCUGCACGUGCCCCCCACCCCAGAUCGACCGGCCCCGAGGACCCAGGCUGGGCUACUCCAUCCCCUCCCGCUCAGGUGCGUCCGGGCUGGACAAGAGGGACUACGUAUGAGGCGGAGAGCGUCCCCGGAAGCCCGCCGCUCAGAGCCCCGACCUUGUGCCGGAUGCCCUGUGGCAACCCUUGCCCCCCGACGUCAACCCCUUCCCUUGGCGAAACCCGCUCUCCAGAAGCUCCAGUCAGGUCUGGCUCCAGAGGUGUGGCCAGCUGGCCCGGAAGAGUCCAGACCCUUUUCUGCGGGGGCGGGGGGGGGGGGGCCCAGGCGUUCUUGUUUCCUCCACCCAGGCAGAGCGACGCUGGCCUGCCCCCACCUCCCACCACGAUCUGCCUUCUUCUGGUCCAGGACUCCGGCUGGCACUCCUCUUCCUGAGGCCACCCUGCCCCCAGGAGCCUGCCCCUCACCUGAAGGGCAGCAGCUCCUUGGUUCCAAAAUGAGGAGGGGAUCCCUGCCCUGGAGCGGGUCCCCUCCAGCUGGCCCCCACCUGCACCCAGAAGUCCAGGCCCGGAGGCCCAGCCCCUCACCCCACCCUCUACUCCCCCCUGCCAGUAGGGAA